AUGAACACUGUGAAAGAUAAGGAUACCCUAGACAGUGAGACUGAAGUGGCAGAACCCAUGAACAUCGACGUCAACCAGACCGGGAAGCGACAACGGGGCCAGACACUACACGAGGCCUCACCCGAUGACACGAGUGGUGUUAUUGCUUCGCGCAACCUGACCUUCCAAGAAUUGGUGCUGGACCGCAGGAAGUCCCUGGAAAUGCUGAUGGAGGCCGGCCUGGCCGAGCCCGAGGAGCAGCAGCCCACGUGUUCUAAGGUGUCCAAGAGGAAGAAAAAAAAGCGGCUGCAGGAUGGCGACGAACGUGACGGCGUGGCCGCGGAGCCCGAGCCCAAAACAAUUUGCGCCAAGUCACGCUCGCGCGACUCUAAGGCCGACCUCAAGAAGAAAGACGCGGACCAGAAAGCGGACGUGGCAGACAAGAAGGCCGAGUCCUUUGUGGAACAGGCCGGCACCAGUACGGCGUUUUCCCGGGUACAAACUGAUGAGGAAUAUGCAAUGAGCAGAACCCCGACGGGUCUUUCCAUCUCGUCUUUAGACUCUAGCACGCCAAAGAAAGCGGUCACUGACACCUGGAUCAACCCCAAGGAAACGGUCGGCUGGAACCUCGACUCCCUUGUGACGCUCAACGUCCUCGGUAGGGGCAGUUUCGGCAUCGUCUACCUUGUGCGCCACCGGAUUAAUCGGCAGCUGGCAGCUCUCAAGUACAUCCGCAAAAAGAACCAGAACUCGGAGAAGGAGCGGAGACGCGUGGAAGUCGAGAAGUCUGUCUGGGAGGCCGUCACAAACCACCCGUUCGUGGUCAACUUCAGGGCCUACUUCGAGACCGCCAAAGGCUGGUGCUUCGUGAUGGAGUACCUCCCAGAAGGCUCCAUCCGGGACCUCGUUCGCAAGAAGGGUCCCUUCAGGGAAGAGACGGCUCGGCUGCUGUCCGCCCAGGUCGCCCUGGCCAUUCAGCACGUGCAUGAGAAAGGAUAUUUGCACCGUGACAUCAGCUCAUCAAACGUGCUUAUCGAUAGCAAGGGUAAUGCGAAGCUCAUUGACUUCGGUCUUAGUCAGAUUGGCACGGAGGCCUGGUGCCGGUGUGGCUCACUUGCAUACAUGGCACCGGAGGUUAUCAGGCAAGAAGUGUACGGCACGUCUGCGGAUUGGUGGUCCUUCGGAAUAGUGGUGUUCGUCAUGCUGGUUGGAAAGACGCCCCUGGCCAUCUAUGCCGCCGAGAAGGGCGUCGACUUGCACCUUGCACGAAGGGACAUUAGAUACCGACUGGCCUUGAUAGCACCCUUGAAAAUUCCGAGGACAUUGUCCAGAUCGGCCCAAACGCUGCUAAGAGAAAUCCUCAAGGAGAAUCCUAAGAGGAGACUUGGUUGCAGACCAGAGGGCGGCUUCGACGAGCUCAUGAAAAAUCCCUUCUACGCCCCUAUAGACUGGUCCGAAGUAUCGUGCGGGUCGUUGCCGAGCACCACCAGGGAGGAAGGGUCCAACCUGUCGACCUAGGGACGACGCAACGACUGCGUGUGCACGACCGCCCACCGAAACCCCCAGUGAGGACUUCCUUCGCGUGCCGUCGUACCCAGGGAUUUCAGGCGCACUGUGAACCGAGAAACACAGCUUUGUGCGACAAGUAAUCGUCGAAACAACCUGGUGACAUUUCUUUCGUGAUACAUGUUGUUCCUGUGAAUCUA